AUUCCUGGCUUGUCUAGUUGGUUGGUCUUUGAAGGCAAGCAGAUUGACCCGGAUAAUCUCCAAGCUGUUAAAAAGAGUAACGUCUUGAUCAUUAUUCUCUCUCGGAACUAUGCUUCUAGCAGAUGGUGUCUUGGUGAAUUGGUUCCGAUGAUGGAGUGCAAGAAUAGCAGAGGACAUGUAGUCUUGCCUAUACUUUACGAAGUGGAACCAAAGGAUGUGAAGCACCAAUUAGGGUUGUUGGGAGAGAGAUUUUGGUCGCGUAAGAAGUGUGUUGAUGAAAAGGUUGUGGAUGAAUGGGAGAAAGCGCUCACAGAAAUUAGGUCCCUGAAAGGAUGGGAUUCCAAGAAAGAUGUCGAUAGAUACGAAGGUGACUUGGUAAAUUUGGUUGUCAUAAAGGUUUUGAUUGAGUUAAAGAAGGCAUUUGAAGUGGUUUUUACCGACCACCGUAUAGAGAAUGUCAUGAUACUUGUAUAUCAUAAUUCUAGCACUACAUUAUGGGAUGGGUGGUAUUGGCAAGAUAGCUUGUGCUAAGGUCAUCUUCAACAAACUUGCUGAUCAAUAUGAUGGUUCAUCUUACCAUAUUUAAGGGUAAGAAAGUCCUCAUUCUUCUUGAUGAUGUGAAUGAUAACGAUCACUUGAAGGUUUCAGUUGGAGAUCAUAAGUGGUUUGGGUUAGGAAGUAGGAUUAUCAUUACUACGAGAAGCAAUAUUGUUCUUGAUGACACUAGGUGGACUUCAAGUAUAAACAUGAGGUAGAUGACUUCCCUUAGCUCUUGAGGUGAUGGAUUCAAAUUUGGAAAAAAAGUUCUCAUUAUUCUUGAUGACUUCCUUUAGCUCUCGAGGUUAUGGGUUCAAAUUUGGAAAAAAAGUCAUCAUUGUUCUUGAUGACUUAACUUAGCUUUGAGGUUAUGGGUUCAAAUUUGAAAAAAAGUCCUCAUUGUUCUUGAUGAUGUGGAUGGUAAUGAUGAGUUGAAGCUUUGGGUGGAGAUUAUGAGUGUUGUGGUCUGGAAGUAAGAUUAUCAUUGCCACUAGAAUCAAGAUUAGAAGCAAGAUUGUUUAUGAUGACGUUGGGUGGGAAAGUUUGACAA